AUGUCGCAGGCUCCCAAGCAGCUGAAGAAAGCUGCGAGGCUGAUUCUGAUCGGAGCACCUGGUGUCGGAAAAGGCACACAGUCAGAACGUUUGCUAGCUCGUUUUCCGCAGCUGGCCUCCAUUAGCUCCGGUUCCCUUUUACGAGAGAAUGUCCGUCGAAGGACGCCGUUGGGCGUUGAAGCCGAGGCCGCAAUGCAGUCCGGCAAUUUGGUUCCCGACUCCAUGAUACUCAACCUCAUCUCCUCCGAAUUGAAAGCUAAGGGCUGGAUCACCCCCUCUUCACAAGAGAAGCCCUCCUUCUCCUCUUCCGUCUCCGCAUCACUUUCUACACAGCCCGACAAUGAAUCUUUCUCACUAUCUCCUACCGCCUCCUUUAUCCUCGAUGGAUUCCCGCGCACCGCCUCUCAAGCGACAAGCUUGGAUACUAUCGUCCCGGUCAAUCUUGUGGUCCAGCUUAUUACUCCUCCCUCUGUGAUUCUCUCUCGUAUCGCUUCACGCUGGGUCCAUGAACCCUCCGGUCGCGUGUACAAUGCCGACUUUAAUGCCCCGAAGGUUCCUGGAAAAGACGACGUGACUGGGGAUCCGUUGACACAGCGAGAAGAUGACUCGAUCGAUACAUGGAAGGCACGCCUGCACAAAUUCGAGGAGACGAGCAGAGCCUUACUAGAGCAUUAUGAGCGCCGGGGUUGCUUAUGGCGCGUGGAAGGUAAUACAAGCGAUGAAAUUACGCCGCAGCUGUUUUCGGAGUUCGAGCGACGCUUCUGUUAG